AUGCCUGCACGCCUCAGCCUUGCGCCCUUGAAGGCGCUCUUCCCACGCUCUGGGUCGAGAGCGGGACCGGCGCGCACCGCGGAGGCCACCGAGCACGCUGUGGACGAGAGGUCGCUGGAGGGCAAGUCGAAGAACCCGCACCUCGACACCGACGACGAGGCGUCUCUGCAAAAUGUCGCAGAAGCGGCCGAGCAUGACCCCGACCUCAAUCCCGGAGGCCUUUCGUUCGAGGAAGACACUGCAGGAGGAGCGGGCCGUCAUCUCGGGGUGUUCAGUUGCACGAUGCUCAUCGUCGGUCGUAUCAUCGGCACCGGCAUCUUCUCGACACCAUCAUCCAUCCUGGGCUCCGUAGGAUCGGUCGGCGCGUCUCUGAUGCUCUGGGUUCUCGGCUUCAUUCUCUCCGCCUGCGGUCUCUUCAUCUGGCUCGAGUUCGGAACGAUGUUCCCUCGGUCUGGAGGAGAGAAGGUGUAUCUCGAGGCUGUGUACAAGCGUCCGCGCUUCCUGGCAACAUACGUCUUCGCCGCGAACUCUAUCCUCGUUGGCCUAACCGCCUCGGGGUGUAUCGUCUUUGCCAGCAACAUCCUGGAAGCUGCGGGUCACGAAGCGACCCGAUGGACUACGCGCGGAAUCGCAGUCGGCACCAUCUGCUUCGCCGUACUUCUGCAUGGACUGACACCACGGAUCGGAGUCUUCGUGAUGAACGGCCUCAGCGUAUUCAAGGUCGUCAUCCUGCUCUUCGUCGUCGUCACCGGAUGGGUCGUGCUCUCCGGGAGGACAUCUAUCGAAGACCCGCACGUCAACUUCCGCAACGCGUUUGCCGGGAGCUCAAACAGCAGUAAUGAUUACGCCACCGCUAUGUUCAAGGUCCUCUACUCGUACAUCGGGUGGUCGAACGUCAACUACGUCUUGAAUAACGUCAAGGACCCCGUGCGGACGCUCAAGAUCGCCGGCCCGCUCGGCCUCUGCAUCUGCGCCGCCCUCUAUCUCCUCGCCAACGUCGCGUACUUUGCGGUCGCGACGAAGGAAGAGAUCAUCAACUCCGGCGUGACGGUGGCCUCCUUGUUCUUCGGCAAGGUCUUCGGGCCCCAAGCGCAGAAGGCACUCACCGUGUUCGUCGCGCUGAGUGCACUGGGGAACGUCGUAACCGUUACCUUUGCCCUCUCCCGCAUAAACCAAGAGCUCGCCAAGGAAGGUUUAUCACUUCCCUUCGGCAACAAGUUCUGGGCGUCGAACUGGCCGACAGGAAAGUCGCCCUUCCCCGGUCUUGUCCUGCACAUGAUCCCCUCCAUCAUCAUCAUGAUCGCGCCGCCUCCAAACGUCGCGUAUCCCUUCAUCCUGAACGUGCAGGGGUACCCCAUUCAGGCGAUCAACUUGUUCGUCGUUAUCGGCCUCUUCUGGCUGAGGUACCACAAACCAGACGUGCCACGACCGUUCAAGGUCUGGCUUCCCGUUGCGUUCUUCUUCCUCGCGUCGAUCGUGUUCCUACUCGUCGCCCCCUUCAUCCGGCCCUCGAAUGGCGUAGGCGACACGCCCCCAUUACCCUACUACCUGUACUGUCUUGUCGGCAUCGGUGUCCUUCUCUUCGGCGCCCUGUACUGGUUCGUGUUGAGGCGGGUGCCGCGCUACCUCGGCUACACCGUCGUCCAGCGAAAAGAGGCGCUUUCCGACGGCACUUUCGUUACUGUGAACGACUACAAAAAGUUGGAGUAGGCUUGCGCAUGCGCGCGUCAACCUACGUGACUAAUGAGGGACUAUAACGCCGCUUUACGCAUUCGAUAUCUCGAAGUAAUCAAUAUCAGAACCU